CCUAAAAGGUAAAAUCUAACUCUUCCUGAAACUUCCCCAAUCAUCACGCCACAAUCAAAACCAAUGAAAACCCCUUAAUCUGAUUGAUUUCUCAUUCGAUAUCUCUUACUCUCGCGAGUUGCUGUUUAAUCGAAUGUUUCUUGAUUCUUGAAACUCAGAUAUUUCAGCCUGCAAUUUUUUAAAGAUCAAUUUUUUCUUCUCAGAUACUUGAAUACAUACAGAUUGAGCAGAAAGGAAAUAUGGGUGUUGGUUUAUCCGUCCUCAUAGGCUUAAAGUGUGCAACUUUAUUCAUCUUCUUCCUCUCCCUCCGAAUGUUCGAGUUCACUCUGCUAUCAAUCCCCUUUCUUUAUGCAUCUCUCGUGUCAUUCUUGGUUUCCAUCGCAUCCCAUCCAUCAAUCAAUCUGCCAAUCCUCUUGGGCAAAGGGUCAGAUGGGAAUUUCCCAAUCUGGUCAAUGAUCAUAUACAGCCCUUACCUCUAUUUCGUGAGGGCUUUUUCCUUCAUCAGAAGGUUCACUAGUGGGGAGCCUCCAUAUAGCAAGAUUGAUGAGGGGUUGUAUGUUGGGGGCUGGCCUUAUGCCCCUGAUAAGCUGCCUCCUGGCAACCCCGCGAUCGUUGAUUGCACGUGUGAGUUGCCGCGGAAGAGGGAGAUCACGGGGAGCGCGUACCUCUGUAUUCCCACGUGGGAUACGCGCUCCCCUGACCCCGGGGAGAUUGAGAGGGCUGUGAAAUGGGCUUGCGGGAAGCGGACUCAGGGUGUCCCGGUUUUCGUGCAUUGUGCUUAUGGCCAUGGGCGAAGUGUGGCUGUAAUGUGUGCGCUGCUGGUUGCUCUUGGGUUGGCAGAAGAUUGGAAAUCUGCGGAAAAGAUUAUCAAAGAGAAACGCCCUUACAUCCGAAUGAAUGCUCUUCACCGAAAGGCCUUGGAAGAAUGGUCUAAGGACAGGUUAUCCACUCCAAAAAGAUAAGGCAGAGAAGCAUGGACCAGAUACUUCUAUUCUUCAUUUUAUCAUUGUAUUCUGAUACUACAAAAGUAAUUUCCCAAUUUCUGUUAAUCAUAUAAAAGGCCAGUGUCUCUCUCUCUCUCA